AUGGUACUCCCUUCCGUCGGUGCUCACUCUACUGCUGAAGCUUUGGACAAGGAAGGCGGCGGCAGUGCUGCUGCAUCUGGUGCUGUGAAGGCCGAACCUGAUCCGUUUUCUGACCUGCAUUCAGUGCAAGGUGAUGCGCAUGCCCUCCCAGAGCUCACUCCUCCUGCCACUACUACUGCAGCCGACUCCGCCAGUAGCGCUGCAGCAGCGGCUCCAGAGCAGGGAGUUGAUUCCACUGCGGUUUCUAGAAGCAACAUCCAGCUGUGCCUACUAGGCCCUGCGAACAAUGGGGAUGGGAAUGGUGUCAUGGAAGCAGCUCUCGCCGCCGCUGCCAACGGUUGUUCUUUGGAAGGUGGCUCUAGAGGGGAAGGGGGAGGGGAGGAGGGGGGGGGGGGGGGGGAGAGGAGGGGAGGGGGGAAGAGGAGGGGAGGGGGCGGGAGGGUUGUGUGCUAG